AUGGUUGACCGUAAAAGAGGGGCCACCAGUUCAGCGAACGAGAAUUCGAAGCGUAAGAAAGGGGGCCGGUCUAAAGAUGUGAAGCUCGAGGAUGAAGAAGAGUUCCAAGAAGAUGGAUUGAUGGAGAGUUCGCCAAGCCCUCCACUAGAGUCUGACACAGAUACUGCGGUGAAAGAUGAGGACAUAGAAGAGGAAGAAGAUGGUAAGUCGGACGACGAAGCGUUUGAAAAGAGCUCUAAUGCGAAUAGUGAUGCGCUCAAAGAAGAUGACGAUGAUGAGGAUAACGAGGAUGAGAAAGAUGAUACAGAAAAUAAAGCUGAUGGUGAAGAAGAUGAAGAAAAGGUGAACGAAAGUGACAAUGAUGACGAAGACGAAGAAGAAAAAAGACGUAUAACCACAUUCAAUUUCGAUGGAACUGAGUACACGUUUAAAGAGAGGCCCUCAGUCAUUGAAGAAAGAGACGGGAAAAUUGAAUUCCGAGUGGUCAAUAACGACAAUACAAGGGAAAACCUCAUUGUUCUCACUGGUCUUAUGAACAUUUUUCAGAAACAGUUGCCCAAGAUGCCCAGGGAAUACAUUCUGAGAUUAGUAUACGAUCGCUCUCAUUUGUCUAUGGCGGUGGUUAGAAAACCUUUGACAGUGGUAGGUGGUAUUACGUAUCGUCCUUUUGACAGCAGAGGCUUUGCUGAAAUUGUGUUUUGUGCCAUAUCGUCUACAGAGCAAGUGAGAGGUUAUGGUGCUCAUUUGAUGAAUCAUUUGAAAGACUAUGUUAGAGCGACGUCUCCAAUCAAAUACUUUUUAACAUAUGCCGAUAACUAUGCCAUUGGCUACUUCAAAAAACAAGGCUUUACCAAAGAAAUCACUCUUCCUAAGAAUAUAUGGAUGGGAUAUAUAAAAGAUUACGAAGGUGGUACAUUGAUGCAAUGCUCGAUGCUUCCUUCACGCAUGCGCUAUCUUGAUUCGGGAAAGAUUUUACUAUUACAGAAAGCGGCAAUCGAGAAAAAGAUAAAAAUGAGAUCCAAAUCACAUGUGGUGCGGCCGGGUCUUCAGGUUUUCAAAAAUGCUGCGCCGGGUUUCAAGCUUCUGGCGAAGGAUAUCCCAGGCCUUUUGGAGAGUGGUUGGCUGGAAGAAAUGGACAAGCUUGCACAGAAACCUAAACGCGGACCGCACUACAACUUCAUGGUUACGCUAUUAUCCGAGCUUACUAAUCAUCCUCUGGCUUGGCCAUUUGCGGUUCCUGUCAAUAAAGAAGAAGUGGGUGACUAUUACGACGUCAUUAAGGAACCAAUGGACUUGUCGACUAUGGAGCAGAAACUCGAGAACGACAAGUACGAAACAUUUGAUCAGUUUUUGUACGAUUGCAAAUUGAUCUUCAACAAUUGCCGGUCUUACAAUGCCGAAAGCACUACCUAUUUCAAAAAUGCCACUAAGCUUGAAAAGUUCUUAAACAAGAAGAUCAAAGAAAGCGCCGAUUAUUCGCACUUUUUAGAAUAA